AAAGAAGUAGAAGAAGAAGAGUAGGUCUGACGUCAUCGCGUUGGAGCAUGCCUACUACGCUCCAACAUAAACAAAGGCAGGACGCAACGCUGCAUUAAAGAGUCCUCUCCUUUAAUUUAUAUGAUCCAGGAACCCUCAAUCCGUACUACAGGAACCAGGGAGAGAUGGAGAACGCACUUCUGAUGAGAGUGAGCGUUUUCACCGACCAGGGAGGAAGGAAGUACAUGGAGGAUGUGACCGAGGUCAUCGUGGAGCCCGAGCCGGGAGAGGAUGAGCCUUCUGCGGGGGAACAGGACGAGGGUCGCGGGGGAGACUCAGCGGCUUGGCACACGCACGGGGAGAGUCUGGGCUCCCUGCAGGUCUCAGACGCGUCAUGUGACCCGGUACCGACGGAGGACCAGAGUCAAUCAGUGGACCCGCCGUCCCCGGGAGGAGAGAGUCCCACACGAGCCCAGCAGAGCCCCGUGAACCGGUCCCGCAGGUCCGUGGCUUUCUUCGCGGUGUUUGACGGACACGGGGGUCGGGAGGCGGCCCAGUUCGCCAGGGAGUGUCUGUGGGACCUGAUGAAGAAGCAGCGCGGGUUCUGGUCCGACUGUGACCGGGAGGUCUGCGCUGCGAUCCGGAAAGGAUUUGUAGCCUGCCACCACGCGAUGUGGAAGAAGUUACCUGAAUGGCCAAAGACUCUCACAGGCCUCCCGAGCACAUCCGGCACCACAGCCAGCGUCGUGGUCAUCCGAGGAAACCGCAUGUACGUCGCCCACGUUGGGGACUCUGCGGUGGUUUUAGGGGUCCAGGAUGAUCCCACAGACCCGUUCCUCAGAGCAGAGGAAGUCACGCAAGACCACAAACCUGAGCUGCCCAAAGAAAGGGAGCGGAUUGAAGGUCUGGGAGGAAGCGUGAUUAAAAAGUCCGGAGUGAAUCGGGUUGUCUGGAAGAGGCCCAGGCUGAGUCACAACGGCCCCGUCCGCCGGAGCACCGUCAUCGACCAGAUACCGUUCCUGGCUGUAGCUCGAGCUCUAGGUGAUCUGUGGAGCUACGACUUCUACAGCGGGGAGUUUGUGGUCUCUCCAGAGCCGGACACGUGUGUGGUGACCCUUGACCCCAGGAAACACCGCUACAUCGUCUUGGGCAGUGACGGUUUGUGGAACAUGGUCCCACCACAGGAGGCGAUCUCCAUGUGUCAGAACAACGACGAGGCGAUGGCACCGUGUGGAGUAUCAAGCGCCCGGCAGCUGGUCAGCCACGCUCUUCUGCGAUGGCGGCAGCGAAUGUUGCGCGCCGACAACACCAGCGCCAUCGUGAUCGCACUGCAGGAGUAUGGUUCCUGUCAGGAUGUCCUGCACCACGAGGAGGUGCUGCUCGACUUAUCCAAGAUCUCCCAGAGUCCUCCCACCUCCGUGUCCCGCGCUGACACUCCUCUCCUGCAGCGCCCUCCAGAGGACGACUCUCCCUCAGCCGUGUGCGAGCUCCUCCCCACCCUGGAGAGAAAAGACGGACUCUCAGGAAGCAACAGCCUGUACCACCUGACUCUGUCCGACCCGUUCUCUCUGACGCCGCUGUUUUCGAACAUCACUGAGCCUUCCAGUCUGUCUGACGGCAGGACAGCAAACGCUAAAAGGACUUUAGACGGAUCCCCAUCGGCGUCUUCGUCAUUGACGGGCUCGCGGAUGAAGAGAGCGCGGCGCAGGACUGCAGACAGGCCGCCGCUGGUUCAACACAACACAGAGAAGAAACAGAAGGAGUCCAGUACUGCGUCUCCUGUUCUCCAACAGCAUAACAAGAACACAGUGUGUGUGUGCUGAUUAACGCACACACACACACACACACACACACACACACACACAGACACAUCAACCUGCUGCCUCCUCCUCCGGUAUUUCUUUCUUUGGAUUCGUCACUGCUAACCUGUUUGGUGCCAAAGAGGAAGAGAAGGAGGGCCAUGUGUCGAAAAUGGGUUUGAGAUUUUAUUUUAAAGUCAGAAUUAUAUGAUGUAACUCAUGUUCUUGAAUUAUCCUGACAUACAUCACAGAUUUAUGAAUUUACUAGAAGAUACAAGAGACACAAAAAGAUCACAUUUGAAGCACAAAAAUGUGAGGGAAAAGAAACUUGAAAUCUGACUUCUUGUUGCAAAAGGAAAUCAUAGGAAAACUUCAAAGAAAUGACGGCAGCUUUAUUUCUAUAGCACAACAUGUUCACCUCUUCAUCUGAACUGUAGGAGCAUUAAAAUAAAAGUGACAUUCAGUGAAUGAAGACAUGACACUGCAGAAUAUAUCAAAUAACAAAUAAGACAUAUAUUUGUUUAGAUAUACUUUUCAUGUCAUUUAAAAUAAUAAGACAUUUUGUGAUUGGCUGUAGACCCAGUUUUUACAUUUAUAUCCAAGAAACAUGUCAUGGAAAAGUUUCUAAAAGUUGUUUUUAUUCAUCGCUCUUCCACGUUUGCAAGAAAUAAGCGUUAUCGGUCCCUCCCGCUCACACUCAUGAUGAAUGUCCCCCUAAAGUUCUUGCAGUCACACAUCAGCUCACCCGACUUCUUGCAGACUUUACUCAGAGUCCAGCAGGUAAACAAAGUUGGGUGAAAGUUUCAGCUGUUUGAAAACUUUAUCAGUGGAGUUAUAUUCUGAUUGAAAUCUCAAAACAUUUCUCACACGUGGCUCUGAUCUUCCUCUCCACUCUUGAGUUUCCAAAAGUGCAAAUUUAUAACCCUGAAAUAUUUUGUUUUUGAUUCCUGUCCCCUCAGACUCUCCUCUUUCUUCCUGUCUUCCUCUCCCUGAUCCCCUCACGGUCGAAAGAUGCCGGUGUAAAUAUGCAUUUUAUGGGAUGAGUGUUGAAGUCAGCGAGCUUCUGGUUUAAACAAAUCUAUAUUUUUAUACCUUCUUGUAUCGUUGAAUGCUAAAGUGGAUCCUCCUCACUCUCAUCUCUCCCCGUGUUCAAACAUAUUUAAGCAUCUUUGCGUUUCAUUGAAUCACUGGAGAUUUAUCUUGAAUAUAAACUGAAGGUGCUGCUACAGUCACAAAUCAUAAGCUACGACAGUGUGUAUAGUGAUGUAUGAGUAUAUGGUAUAAGUGUUUAUACCAUUUCUUUCCUUUUGAUUAUUACUGCACAUUGUGUCCUAACACCUGAGUCACUGUGCACGCCUGAGCAGCAGGGGGCGCUGCCUGGCUGGAGAUGUUGUGGCGUUCUUUUAAUGUUUACUUUUAACAACAUUUUAAAAGAGUUAGGAGAAGUUUUGAGUACAAUGUAAAAAAAAAAAAGAAGUUUUUCUGAUACGAUGACCCACACAUUAUCUCCUGCUGCUCAGACGAGCCGUGUGUCCGAGGUGUUGAAUCCAUUUUAAACUUUUAUAACUUCUAAUGAAUUAUCACACUUUUUAUAUUCACUACCUGAGAGCCUGCUCCACUUCUUCCUUCAUCAAACCCUCAUCUUCCUCGUCUGUGAGAUUGCCCCUUUGUGCAGAAGAUGUAAUGCUCUGUUUCGCUGAGUCGCUCUAAAGCUGAGACUCUCUAUGGUUCUGGACACAAACCUGAUGUUUACAAUGUUGAUGACUGCCAGGGUCGUAGUCGAGGCUCCAAACCUUGACCCCAGAAGUCCCUUACUUGAGGAUCUUUGAAGAGAGGAGCUGUUUGGCUCUGGACUGACCGUGUGUGACCUUUUAAGAUGUGCAGAAAACACUGAUCCUGUCAGCGUGUCUGCAGAUUUAGCUUCAGACUGUGCGUCGUGUGUACACGCUCGCUGCUCCGCUCUUAAAGGAGAGAUUCAUUCAUCCACUCUGCUGGAUUUUAACCAACAAAGCGUCUUGGACCCAGCGGUUGAGUCGGUUUAGAGGCGGCUUGCAAAGUCCAAGUUUUCUUGGGUUCAUCCUGGAGGAAUGUGUGCCAAAGUUUGAGCUUGUCUGCGUCUUCUCCUCAAUGCUUCCUCUACAUAUCGAACAUGUUGCUCUGGUCUUGCCUGUGUUUGCUGUAAAAAGCAACACUCAGGAUUUGUGGCGCCUCUUUGGGCAUCCUGGAGUCGAUCAAGACAGCACACCUCCAGCAUUUGCAGUAACCUCAAUAUUUUUUUUUCCCCCAAUGCAGUCAAUUCUCCAGAUCAAGUUCAAUUUCAAGUCCAAAGUCCUGAAACUGUCUUGAACUUGAGCACUACGGCGCUGCCGGUAAACAUGAUGUCAUGCUGUCUUUGUUCGGCCGCCACCCUGAGAAGAAGAAGAAUCACUGCAUCACGAGCAGCUGAUCCUCACAGACAGAACCGUCUCACACACCUUAUCUUGUUUAGUCUCCGUGCAGGAGCCGUUGAGUCUCCUCUUUGUUGGGCUGAUUAAGAGGUUGUGUUAUCAUUGUCCCUCCACGCUGCAGCUUUAUUGUUACUGAUGUAUGCACAAGGCUCUCGUGCACAAACACACUCUGCAUGGACUUUAUAUGAAAAUAUUUUUGCACUAUUUUAGUGACCUUUGGAAGAGGAGUCGUUUCUGAUGUGACCUUUAAAAAUGUGCAGCGAGGAACAGAUGAAGAUCGGAGCCAGAGAAGUAAACGGAGGAUGUUUGAGUCGUUCUUUAAACUUGUUUCUCUUGGAGUCGCCUCUUUUGUUUUUGUGCUCAUCAGAAAUGUUUGAUCCACAUGAGAAAUAUUCCCCACAAGAGAUUAACGUCUGUGACACAGAUGACAUCAGUGUUUUUGUAUUUUCUCUGAGCUAAGUGCAAUUUCUAACAGAAAUAAGUAGCAUUACGACCAGGUUCAAAACUCCUGUAUUAUGAUGUUUGAAGAUGUUGGAGCGACGAUGAUGUUCUCGUUCAUCGUCUCUGCAUCCCUCUGUGAUUUAUUUGAUACUCCUCUGAGAACAUCCCUGAAUAUGUUUGUGUAUCUCUGGAGAAACUGAGCUCUGAUUCAGACGGCUGCUGUGCUAACAGCAUGAAGUGCAUGUGUACAGAGUAAAUGUGAAAAUAAACACUUAAAUAGAAAUGAUCCUUUUAAAUAAAAAGCUCCCUGAGGAAAAGUCAUCUCUAUGUUUAUGAGAAAAUGGUGCUUCAGUUUUAUUUGAAUGCCUCUUGCUUGUUUUUUAAAAUCUUUUUAAAAACUGUUCAAAGUUAGUCUGAACUCUAAUAUGUUCACUUUGAUCCCAUCAGAAAAUACCAACAACAGUUCAUUUCUUUUCCUUUUGUACAACAUGUUGUUUUCUUUUUGUAUUGUACAGUUUUUGUUUUUUUCAUGUUCACAGACAGUUCUCACAUGUCCUGUAAGUUUCUGUUUACCUGAACUCUGCCUUGGAAAGUUUCUCUCUUUAUUCUGCAGUUUUCAUUGAUUCCUACAUUUUUCAUGUUAUAAAUUAAAACAAGCAUAUAAUGUUA